CAAUCUAGACAGAAAACUUAUGUCAUAGCCUCUGUCCAACUCCGUAGAAGAAAUGGAAGCAACCGGGGCCUUACCCAAUAACAGUGGCGGAAACUGCACAAUAGAAAACUUCAAGAAGGAAUUUUACCCUAUCAUAUACCUGAUAAUAUUUGUCUGGGGAGCCUUGGGAAAUGGCUUUUCCAUAUAUGUCUUCCUACAGACUUACAAGAAGUCCACAUCUGUGAAUGUUUUCAUGCUCAACCUGGUCAUUUCAGAUUUCCUGUUCAUAAGCACCCUGCCCUUCAGGGCAGACUAUUACUUCAGAGGCUCCAACUGGAUCUUUGGGGACCUGGCCUGCAGAAUUAUGUCUUAUUCCUUGUAUGUCAACAUGUACACCAGCAUUUAUUUCCUAACCGUGCUGAGCGUUGUGCGUUUCCUGGCCACUGUCCACCCCUUCCAGCUGCUCCACGUCACCAGCAUCAGGAGCGCCUGGAUCCUCUGUGGGAUGAUAUGGGUUUUUAUCAUGGCUUCCUCAGCGAUGCUUCUGAGGCAUGGUUGCGAGACGAAGAACAACAUUACAUCGUGCUUGGAGCUGAGUACCCAGAAGGUGAACAGCCUUCUGAUCAUGAACCACAUUGCGUUAGUGGCAGGCUUCCUGCUUCCGUUUCUUACACUCACCGUCUGUUACCUGCUGAUCAUUCGGGCCUUGGUAAAGGUGGAGAUUCCGGAAUCGGGUCUGCGGGCUUCUCAUAGGAAGGCGCUGACCACCAUCAUCAUCACCAUGAUCAUCUUCCUCCUCUGUUUCCUGCCUUACCACGCACUGCGGACCCUCCACUUGCUCACGUGGAGUCCGGAUUCGUGCGGAGAUGAGUUACAUAAGGCCAUGGUCAUCACACUGGGCUUGGCUGCAGCCAACAGCUGCUUCAAUCCUUUUCUCUAUUAUUUUGCUGGGGAGAAUUUUAAAGAUCGAUUAAGGGAUAUAUUCAGCCAAGAUCGUCUACGGAAAGUAAAGGCAAAGUACAGUCUUCCUUUUUGUCCAUAG